AACCAGUGUCCAAUAUGGAACACACGAGCAGUUGUCGUGGGUUUCAAGACUCCAGUGACUUUUCAGUUGUCUUCUAUGAUCCGAACCAACCGUCCGAGGGAAGGUUAAUCAACGACGAGCCCAAGGCUAGGUGGGAAAGACUUGCGGACAGAAUCGUAUCAGCGCAAGGCAGACUUUAUGCACGCCUCGAGACGCCGGCACUCGCUGAUCUUGGCCUAGCACCUCGUGCUGGCCAGGACAAGACCCCAGACGCUGGUGGAAAUCAUCUGCUUGACAUCACCACCCGUCUCGGGCAUGGUACCAAGCUAGCAACCCCAGGAAGAGAGCUGCGAGAGCUACUUUUUGCGUCCAUCUGCUCAAUAUUAUAUGCCUCGGGGCGCGCCGCACCAGAGGAGCUCGACAGGAUUAUGGGCAUUUGUGUGCAAUCCUCAAACUCCAGAUAUCUAGAUCGGCUAAAAAGGGGUGCAAAGAUUGCCAACGAGAUUAUCGCCUUGUGGGCCGUCCCGGAAGACCAUGCUUGCAGGAAUGGAUGCCAGCUCGACACCCAGCUGCAACGACUUGAUCAAGCAACACAAGCAAUUCUCCAAGCUCGUUUAACCCUACCACAAUGGGGACUUUUGAACAGUAACAGCAGCAACGUGAAAAGAUACAUACAGUCUCACCCUUUACCUCACGCACCGCCUACUACUGCGAGACCGCCGCUGUUCAUCCCGUGUCUCAUCGAAUCCAUUACCAGCGGAAUUUUAAGUAUCCCGCAGAUAUGUUCCUAUCUGGGCUAUAGUUCGGAACUAGCAUCACGUAUGGCCGAGGUUCGCUCGUGGCGGAGCCCGUCACUCGAGUCUUAAAUAAAGUGAAUUCGCGUGAUUAUUGGUCUUGGGAUAAUCUGAUCGCUUAGUAAUUACCAAUAUUUGUG